AUGUAUGCUAUGUAUGUAUGUCUGUCUGUAUCAGAAACCAGAUCGGCGAAAGGCCUUGUCUCUCCUAUGUUACCGUGCUGCUAUUACGGCGCCGUACAAAGAGGCCUUGCCCUGCGCUGCUGCUACGCGCACCCAACAGGUUAGGCGGUUCGCUUAAGCCCUCAUCUCCACCACCUGCUCUUGCCCGACUGGACCCCUACUCACUAGAGAAACUGCCAUUGCUGGCUCCCAGGCACAGCCUAACGCAUGUACAGUCGUUGCAGAGUCAAGCAGUGGUCCGCCUUUGCUCGUGUGGCUGCAGUAGCACCAGCAGUGGAAACUGGACUGCCUUCUCGGAAUUAAAUAUGCCCGUACUCGACUUAUUCGUUCAAGGCACGCUAAUGUGGGGAGCGUGUGAAUUGAACGGGCAGAACAGCAACUCGCCCUUUCGUCCCAUCCCAUCCCAUCCAUCCCCCAUCCUAUCCACCCAGCGUUUGGCAGCCUCGCUGUGCUCCUCGACAAUCCCUCCUCACCACCGCUCCCUUGCCAGAUGGCGGACCCGGAGCACAUGGGCGGCCAAAAGAAGGCGUUAUGAUGUAAUGGGCGCGCGCAAUGGCCAUCCCCUUUCCGUUACCAACGUGCCGAUAAUUAUCAACGUGGAGAGCACGGAGCAAGCAGCGUAA